AUGUUCUCUUCUCUCCUCGCCCCUAUAGUGCUUCGAAGCAGGCUCUGCUUGGGUAAUGUGACAUGCAAUUUCAAGUCGCAGGGUCGGUGGAAGAGCACAUUCCCCACUGCCUUGUUCCAGAGCCUUUCCCAGGCCGACCAGGACAAGGUUUUGGAGCUCAGGACAGCAAGACAAGUAGCCCGCGAAGCUGGAAAACAUGGACCGGUUGGCAAGACGAAUUCGAAUCGCAAGGCAAAUGUAUACAACCAGCAAGAAAGCGAUCUCAUUAUCCAAUGCAUAAAGGCUGGUGCGUCUUAUGCAGAGCUUGGGAGGACUCUGGAUCGGUGCGGCACCUCGAUCAGGAGUCGAUAUUUAUCUUAUUUGCAGUAUCGAGAUUCAGACGCGCCCAGAGUGAAGUGCGUCGCGCUGGGUGAAGAGAUUGCAUCGAUCGUCAAACAGGUCAAAGCGGGAAUUUCGUUCCGUCAGAUAGCUCGCCAGCUCCAGGUGUCACAGGGCACUAUCAGAAAACGCUACGACGCUGUAUGCUCGCCCGAGGACCGAAGGACCGGAGAAAAGAAGAUUUAUUACACCGACGACGAAAUUGACACCAUUAAAUUGCGUAUCCGGGAGGGCAUAUCGCUAGUCGACAUUGCAGUCGAGACCGGGAGGUCUGUCUCGGGUAUCAAGCAUGUCAUUCACAGAUAUGGAAUUCGUGCAUCUCGUGGAGGAAACUUGACAUGGAAAGAGAAAGAUGCCAUCCGUCCUACCUUGGAGACAUGCUCUCGUCUAACCGUUUCGGCGGAGCAAUCGGGCCGUGAUCACGAUGCGGUAGUAUGA